AUGCGCGCCCGGCGCCACCACGCAGCCAACGAAGCCGCUCGUGCCGCGCUCGAGCCUGAGCCUCUGCAUUACUGCCGUCCGCGCCGCGGCGACACGAACACAAACCCCGACUACACCGACGUGCGCGACGAGACGAGUCCGCUGUGGCUCGCGCCGCCUGGCUGCAUGGGUCUGCCCGCGACGACCCCGACGCUGCAGAAUCUGUCGCACGCCCAUCUGCUCUCCCUUCGGGCGGGGCGCGCGCUGGCGGGUCUGGUCGUGAGGGAUAUCGAUACCGAGGUGGCGAGGCGGGUGAUGCUGCAGCCGCAGAUGUGGCCGGGGGUUUGGGAGCUGAUGGCGCGGUCGGUGGUGUUGGAGUCGAUGGGGCUUGAGCGUGCGGAGGUCGGCUUAGAAGAUGGGGAGAGCAGUGAUGCGAGGGAUUCCCCGCUCCAGAGAGUAGCUAUGGGAUCGGCUGAGCCGUCAGCACGGACACUUGCGACGGCUACAAGGUGGUUGAGGAACGAAGAGUAG